AUGACCUCCGGGGGUGCCCGUGAGGACUUUCUGGGACAGGAGGUCGAGGGGCCCGUGGCCCGCAAGGAAGGCAGCGCCCAGUCCAAGGCCACCAGUCAAGGUAAAGGCUUACACAAUCCGGCAAGGAAAGACCUGCGUUCAAAACGCGGGCACAGGAAGAAGCAUCAGUACACGUUGAGCAGAUGGAACAGGACCGAGCCCUCGGGGACAUUAGAAAAGCAAAGAGUGUCCGCAAACCAGAGCGCUGACGACCACCUGGGGGGCAGCAGCGUCUCCGGAGCUCCAGCCAGCAGCCACAGGAGGCCAGAGACGCCGUUGGACGACUCCGCCAUCUCGUAUGACUACUCCGAGGAGCAGCUGAUGGCCAGCAUCGAGCGGGAAUACUGUCGCUGAGGCCGCUCCUCUGCCACCGGCCCCCCGACCAGACUGGGGCCACACAGCAGCCUCCCUGGAGUCGCCUGCAAGAUCCAAGGACAUCUCCGGAGCUGACGAAGGGCCCCUUGGCGCUGUCCCCAGACCCACUGGCCGGCUGCCAUCACAGGCAGCCGGGUGUUUCCAUGAACUGUUAUUACUUGACAAGAGAGCUUUGAUGGGAGGCUCCGGAGGGUCCCGCUGCCCAGCCAGAGGCGGCCCCUGGGGCCUCCCAGCAGCCGAUGGCCCGACCUUGCCAGGGAGACAGCUGCGCCCCAUCCAAGCUCAGAUCUUUUUUUUCAAAAUCAAAGAUGAGCGCUAUUAGGAUUCAAAUCAUACAAAAUACUUCUUCUAAAAGAAGUGACAAUAUUAUUUCUCACCCCCAAGCAGACGAGGCCUUGAAUUGAAUGACGUAAAGUGUUUACAAUUUUACACUGUUGUCUUGUUAAUUCGGAAAAGGUUCAGCCCAUUUCCAAGGGAAGGACAAUACCCCUCCCUCAAGGAGAUGAAAGUGUGAAGAAAAUAAAAUUCCUCCUGUGGGUGCCGCCUUCUGUGUGGGCGGCCAGGUGAGAGCCUGUAAUUAAAGCAGUCAUUCUUAGGGC